CUGCAAAAACUUGCAACUGGUCACACCUAUGUGGCAUUGUUUUGUUUUGUUUACAAUUUGAAAUUGCUCACAAAAAGAAUUUUUAUGGAGGACUCAGAAGCCGCAUUUAAACGACACGAUGGUGUUGGACCCCAGGUCAAACUGGCCUACGAGGAAGCCAUAAACAAAAUCUUCGCCGACUUGAGCUGCUCAGAUCUGCAAGCGUGGGAUGCCAUUUACCAAGAGCACGAAAACUCAACUUUGGAUACCGAAAGUAUCGUUGAGCGCACUCGCAGCCUUAUGACCAAGGUUGUGCUCGAAAUGAACCGAUGCUUCUUCGCCAGCAACGAUGUGCCAAAUAAGCUGCAAACCUUGGAAAUGCUCAAGGAACAUUUUGCUGCCUACGAGGGCAACGAAUGGAACUUGUACACUGCGGCCCCCGAUGAACUCACUCGUCCGUUGCGCAUGCGAUAUUUGGACUUCAGCCUGGAAUUCAUGGAGCAGCAACUGGCCUCUCAGGCAAAAGAGCUUGAGAUUGCUAUGGCCAAGAGCACUGCCCAUCGUGAGCGCCUCCAAAAUGUUCAUGACGAGCGACUGAAACUGAGUGCCCAAAUGGAGCAGCAAUUGUCUCAGUACGAGAAAGUUAAACCAGAUCUAAUUAAACUAGACCAGACAAUGAAUAAUUUUUGA